GAAGCAUUUCUGUCUAUUCUCCUUCAACACAGUUGCUUUCAACUUUGCCAGCUCUCUGCCUGGAGUCCAACCAUGGAUCUUGUGUUCCUGAUUAUCAAUGGCAUGGGGAUGAUUUUGGACCUGCUGGUCAUCUUGCUGGACAUCAACUUCUUCCUGGUUUCCACGUUGGUGUCUGUCCUACUCUGGCUUAUCGCCUUUGUUUACAACUUGCCCAAUGCCUUGGUGGGCUGCCUGAUCCACUGCUGGAAUGGGAUUGUGUUGUUCUUGCUGUGUGUUGCCGAGGCGUUGUAUUACCUGACUCUGGGCUCUAUCCAUGGCAUCUUCAACUUGCUGCGUGGUUUGUGCUCCAGCAUGGAAAGUUUGAAAGUGGUGGGGCACCUGUUCACCCACCUGAUGCUAAGAAGCAAAGAAAUGAUGCACCGAGGUCUAUGGAACCUGGUUGGAUCUGGUCAGUCGAUUCUGAGGCAGGUGUGCGAAGUGUGUGCCAUCGUCAUGAGCCUUGUGGCUUACUUUAUCAACAGCCUCAUCAACAUCUGCCUCAUUGGGACCCAGAACCUUUUCUCCCUGGGGCUGAUCCUGUGGGAGACGAUUGUCAGCCCCUUUCUGAGUGUCACAGACAUCUUUGCUGCCUUUCUUGCACGUUUGUCCAGCAGUGCCAUCGCUAUGUCCAUCCUCCUGUGGUCUCCUUGCCAGCUGGCAUUUGAACUUCUCACCUCCAUGAGCAAACUGUUGAUUAAUGUCUUCUUCCUCAACCUUUAUGGCUUGGUGUUGCUGUCGGGGCUGGUCGCUGCCUGCACCUUCACCCUCAAUCCUCAGCUGACGUGGACACUGUUGGGCCAGGUGACCGGCUACUUGAACGCUAUGCCUUCUUACCACCGAGUGCGCAGGGACUUGUGCCGCCUCUACCAAGUUGUACUCAUGUCACUGGACAUGAUCUUGAGCUCGCAGGCUUGGCGCAGGUUGGCAGAUCGGGGUCUCCAGAUGGUCAACUGGAACAGAGGGGGCAGGGGAGCACACCAUCGUGAGGAUCAGCAGCAAGAAUGGCUACCAUUCUUGGCCUAUAUUCUAAGACUGCCUUCUCUUGGGGUACCUUAUCCAAGACGUCAAUGGUUAUCUGCAGCCACUCAGCAGGCAACAGUUCCUGCGCGCCAAGCGCAACAGUUAGCAGCCGGAAGCAGCAGAAACCAGCAUGGAAGAGACAUUGCUCCGGGAUCAGGUGCACAACAGACUGUGCCGGCUAGGCAGCAGCCCCAGCCUCAGAGCAGAGGUCCAAGCACUUCACACGCCAGACCUACGACAAAAGAGCAGCUGAAUGCUCUAGAAGAGGACAGCGACCCGUGGCUUCUUCUGAAAGAGCAAGAAGAACGGAAGAAGUGCGUUAUUUGCCAGGACCAAACAAAGACGGUCUUGCUGCUUCCCUGCCGCCACCUUUGCCUCUGUGAGGAAUGUACUGAAAUCUUGCUGCAGCAGGCCUCAUACCAGCGCAAUUGCCCGCUCUGCCGGCAGAUGAUCCUGCAGACGCUCAAUGUCUACCUGUGAGCGCCGCUGGGGAUGACUAUUAUCUACAUUCCGCCAGACUUUUCAGGCGCACGGAGUUGUGCGUCUCACCUUUGUACUCGCUGCUUUCUACACUGGCUGGUGGAGAACAGCUCCCUGCUGAUCCUGAGCGGCAGCGUUUUUAUUCCCAAAGAGCCUGUAUAAUCAUUGGGACAUGGAGAAUGCUCCAACCGUUUUCUCCAUGUUCUCGUUUUCCUUUGCUUGUUGCUGCCGUCAGGAAGCACACUAGCUGGUUCCAGUAAUCAUCCAAAUCGCCACCGUUGUGAGGUGUGGCGAGUUUGGAGCCAUCAAGCUGAACAUUUAGGCUUAAAAGGCCCCCCCAGAGAACUGACAAAAAGCACUUGUGUAGAUUCACCUAGUAAGCAACAAGCUGUUACAGAUCAGCUGCCGACAGUGUAGGUAUUUUGGGCUCUCCUAACUAGAGCAAAGUUGUCUCCACCAGACUUGCAAAAAAAAAAUAUGUCAGGAUAAUUCUUCCACAGGGGAAGAUGUUCUUUUGGCCAUGCUGAAGGUGACCAUGCACUGUAGAACGCCUCGUUUCAAGAAAGGUAGCUGGCUGGGGCCAGUGUGCAUCUUCAGAUACGCAGUUUUUAAGCUGUUCAGCUGAAUAGCUUUUUCAGAGUUGUCGUGUCCAUUUGUUUGGGGCAGCUUCGAGAUCCGCAAGGAAGGCAAAACCGGUCACCAAAGUGCAACUGUGGAAUAAACACGCAACUCCCUGACUCAUGUAAUGGGGACUUAGGUCAGGCUCCUGUUGCAUCCACUGGCAUGUAACUUCCACAGGUCACUAUGCAAAACUAUGACAUUCCAGUGUUGUUGCACAA